GUAAAUUGAUAACUACAUUGAGUAACUGAAUAUUAAAUUGAUUGGAUUUAAUAUUAUUUAGCUACUGAAGUGGUUUGUUUGUUGCAGUUCCCUUUGGAGUGUUUACAUGACCAUGAUCCUGUUCCUCCUUAUUUAUGUUCCCUUGGUAUUAUCAUCUCUAGAUGUAGGCGUUGAGGACACAGACCUUAAAACCAACACUUGUACCAGCCAGGAAGAAUUUUCACUCAUUCUUAGCGAAAUUCCUAAGAAAAACCUAAGGCAUAACGGCCCGGCCACGACAUUGCGCGGCCGGCGGCGGCAGCGGCGAGCAGCGAUACUGAAUCAGAACGAAAUAACAAAAAAGAAAGCGUGUACUUUAAUGCAACAGUCGCUGUACGCAUCACAGGAGCUGAUCAGGCCCUUGGAGCGACUGUUCAAGUCGUUUCAAGCGAAGCCCGAGUACCGUGUGGCGUAUAUCUUCCUCCAGAUGGAGCAAGCGGUGGCAGAUGCUAAGUCCAUUAUGAAAAUGAUAAUAGAACGCAGGCGAAACGAGAAAAACCACCCCAAUCCGUGGUCGACCUCCCAGCGGCUUCAAGUUUUCUGGCAACUAGUCAAGAGGCACACGGACCUAACUUACCUGUUAGACUACCUGCGAGAAAGAAUACCACUAGGGACUGCAGGAGUAGACACCACACCAGGCACACCAGCUCCAGAUGUGAUGAACCGCACGGGGAAGCGCAGCUGGUGGAUGAGGAGGCCAAAAGGGUAAUUCUUCAAACGGUAAAUUUUCUGCGUCCUGAGGAAGAAAGUAGCUACCAGAGGCAUUAAAAUAUCUGAACGCA